AAGUCGAACGUGUCGCGAAGCAUUGCGGCUUCUUUUUUCCCCAAGGUAUUUCACGAUCUUUUCAGCCAGUUGGUGUCUUCUCGUUGUGUACACGCGGAAUCGAUUCGGACCCCUCUCGACGACGACGAUAAAUGAAAGCGGUGACGAACGCCAGAUCCGCCACCGCGUCUCGAUGUAACGACAUUUCCGGAAGGCAAAUCGACGUCCGUUCGCGGAAUUUUUGGCACCGACGAGUCACCGUUCAAAAGAACAUAUUUAAACAUGUCAGAAGAACAUCAGCUGCCUUCUGAUUCAGAUGAAGACGACGAAGAUUAUGUUCCUGAUCGUGUCGAUAGUGAUGUAGUAUCUGAAGUAGAAUCUGAAGGUGAUAUUGAAAGCCCAGAGGAUGAAAAUGAUGAGAAUAAAAGAGAAACUGGGCAAAAAAAAGGUAAAAAGAGAUCUAAGAGUCGGAAGAGUUUAAAACGCAGGAAAAUUAUAGAAAACAAAUCGAAGUUAUCAGAAGAAGACAAUAAAGAAACGGAAGAAUGUAAAGAGACGAAACAACUCACUGAAGAAGAAGAAAAGAAGAGAGCUGAUUCUCUUUGGGCUGACUUUAUGAAAGAUACAGCUGUUGUGUCAAAACCAAAGUCACAAAAUCCAAUCAAUAGAUCGAAUGAAAAAUCAUUACCAAUACAAAAGCCAAAAAUUCAGGAAAAAGUUCAGAUAACUAAAAUUUUUGAAUUUGCCGGUGAAGAAGUGAAGGUUGAGAAAGAAGUAUCGAUUGAUUCUGCAGAGGCCAGAUUAUCGCUUUCCGCAGCCGAAAAUUCCACAAAUUCAUCAGAAUCUGUAUCUGCGGCAAGCAAAGGGAGAGGGAGGGGCGGUAUUAGACGCGCCGGAUUAGGCGGCAUUUCUUCUGUUCUAGGACAGAUCGGAAAAAAGGCCAAAAUUAGUACAUUAGAAAAGUCUAAAUUAGAUUGGGACAAUUUCAAGAAGCAGGAAAAUAUAGAAGAAGAACUCAAUACUCAUAAUAAGGGUAAGGACGGAUAUUUGGAACGACAAGAUUUUUUGCAGAGAGCGGAUUUACGACAGUUUGAAAUCGAAAAACAGUUACGAAAUUCUAGCAGGCGCAGUACACGAUGAAUUCGCAUUUUCUAUAUAUUAUAUGUCUCUAUAUAUCUCUUCUUUCGACACGGGAUCGUAAGAUGAUAAUAUCGCGGUAUAAAAUAUUUACUCGUCGACUUGCCAAACUCGAGCGCUUACUACACACAUUUAGCCUAAUUAAAUCAUUCGAGUUUCGCGCUAUGUUUUGAAUAAUAAUACGCAAAGGGAGUCUUGCCUCAUUUGGUUCGAGGAUAAACUGACUACACUAUCGAUCGGCGGUCUCUCCGAGAAGUGACCGAUCAUUCCAGUGUUUUGAGACUAAUUCCUCACGCGUACGUAAUGUAAUAGUUUAAUGUACUCUCAGCGAGUCUUUGCCUCGGCCUGAUGACUCAAAACUUCGCAUCGAAGCAGUAUUUGAAGCUUUUGACGCUUCUUGGAAAGAUUAUGUAGAACCAUGUAAAAUGUGUCCAUAGAAUAUUUUUUUAUUUUGUUUCAAUGGAAUGCAAUAUGUUUACAUGUGUAGUGUGAAUAUACACAAUAUUCUGAUAAUAACGAUUAGUCGGAAGUCACAAAUGAAUACGAAAAAUAUGUGUGUUUUAGAGAAUAUAACAUAAUGACACAUAUAAUGACAUUAAUUCAUGACCACUGCCUCUUGGCAAUGUAUAUGGAAUACAGUACUGUAUUUAUAAAUGGACCUCAUAGUAAAUAUUGUAGGUUAUUACAUUGAAGCAGUAACAGCGAAUUUUGUAUAUUAUUGUUAUCUUAAGUUUUCAUAUAUAAGGAUAAUCAUAUAUAAAGAUUUUCAUAUAUAUAGAUAAAAUAGUACACAUCAUUACUUUUAGAUUAUGUAUUAGACAGCAAUAUCGAUAUGUAACACGUACAUAACAUACUCAAUAACCCAAAUAAUAAUUCUCUAUUCAGCUCAGGUUAAAACUUCCUUGAUGUACCGAAUUUAAGAACAUAAUUCCACACAGGACUACUUUAUAUUUGUGAAUUCUUUAACAUUAUAGAAUAAAUUAUUGAUAAGAAA